AUGGACUUGCUGUCAGAAUUUAACUGUAUGCAGUAUUCAGCUUUGACUUCUCCACUAGACUCCACAGUCAAGCUAAGUGCAGAUGAGGGACCCCUGCUGCCUGAUCCUUCACAUUUCAGGAAGCUAAAAGGUAAGCUGAAUUAUCUAACUAAUACAAGACCUGAUAUAUCUUACAAUGUGCAGCAUUUGAGUCAGUAUAUGCAGAAUCCUAGGGAGCCCCAUUUGAAGGCUGCAUACCAUGUGUUGAGAUACCUCAAGGGUGAUCCAAAUUUAGGCAUCUUCUUGUCCAAAAAUGAAAACUAUGGAGUACGAGCCUUUUGUGACUCAGAUUGGGCAGCCUGCCCUGACUCAAGGAAGUCAGUCAGUGGGUAUGUUGUCUUACUGGGUGAUGGACCUAUUAGUUGGAAGUCGAAGAAGCAACAUACUGUCUCAUUGUCCUCAGCAGAAGCAGAGUACAGGGCUGUUAGACAAGUCGUGGGAGAACUAGUAUGGUUAUUGAGGUUACUGGCAGAGUUGACAGUUCCCCUACAACUCCCUGUGCCAGUCUUCUGUGAUAGCCAAGCAGCACUGCAUAUGGCCAAAAACCCUGUGUUCCAUGAGCGGACAAAGCAUAUAGAAGUGGAUUGCCACUUUGUAAGAGAUCAAGUACAUGAAGGGCUUAUCACACUACAUCAUAUCUCCACCAAUGACCAGCUCGUCGACAUAUUCACUAAGCCUCUUACAUGGGUGAAACACUGCAAUUUGCUUAGCAAGUUGGCUGUGAGUUCCUCCCUUCCAACUUGA